CACCUCCUGAUGACGCGGCAACUAGAGAUUCAGCAUCUUGCUGAAGGACUCUUGGACAUGGUCACGAGGGGUGGGAGACGACCCAGCUACCACCCCCAGAUGAAGAAGAUAAAGCGCCUCCUUGUGGUGUGGACUCUCGCUGAAGACCAGCUUGGACUAUUUCAUGAAGAGGAACAUGUAUUUUGACGCAGCUUAAGGAGCAAGCACCUUCAAGUCCAGAGCUGCUGGUGGCCAAGCGCACCAUGUCACACGCUCAGGUGGAGAUCCCCGGAUGCGGUUUCCCGGGUUUGCAGCCGCACGGCCUGGGCGCACGCCGCAACUCGUACGGCUUGCACAAGAUCAGCGUGGAUGUGGACUCCCCCCUCUUCAGCGGCGCCCUCUCCAAAGCCCUCUCCUGGUCGGCCGAGAACAUCCUCAGCCUGCCCGAAUCCCGAGCCGAAGAAGAAGAGGAGGAGCAGGAGGAGGAGAAACCCCGUGUUGACACCCCACCCUGCAGCCCCCUUCCGCAUGUCGCCGGGUCUCGGUCCGACUCGCCGGGCGAGGGUAAAGGUCGGGUGGUGUCGUCUCGCCUCAACUUUGACCAGCGGUGGGAAGAAGAAAAGGAGGACGUGGAAACUAAAGCGGUGGCGACGUCACCUGACGGACGCUACCUCAAGUUCAACAUCGAGAUCGGGAGGGGGUCCUUCAAGACUGUCUACAAGGGCCUUGACACAGAGACCACGGUGGAAGUGGCCUGGUGCGAGCUUCAGACUCUUAAGCUGACCAAGGCGGAGCGUCAGCGUUUCAGCGAGGAGGUGGAGAUGCUGAAGGGCCUCCAGCAUCCCAACAUCGUGCGCUUCCACGACUCGUGGAAGUCGACGGUGAAGGGACACAAGUGCAUCAUCCUGGUGACGGAGCUCAUGACAUCAGGCACGCUCAAGACUUAUCUGAAAAGGUUCAAGGAGAUGAAACUGAAGCUGCUCCAGCGCUGGAGCAGUCAAAUCCUGAAGGGGCUCCAUUUCCUGCACACACGCACGCCGCCCAUCAUCCACCGAGACCUCAAGUGCGACAACAUCUUCAUCACCGGGCCCACCGGCUCGGUCAAGAUCGGCGACCUCGGCCUCGCUACGCUCAAGAGCGCCUCCUUUGCCAAAAGUGUCAUCGGAACGCCUGAGUUCAUGGCUCCCGAGAUGUACGAGGAGAAAUACGACGAGGCGGUUGACGUCUACGCUUUCGGGAUGUGCAUCCUGGAAAUGGCCACUUCCGAGUAUCCUUACUCUGAGUGCCAAAACGCCGCGCAGAUCUACCGCAAAGUCACCAGCGGCAUCAAACCCGACAGCUUCUACAAUGUGAAAGUCCCCGAGCUCAAAGAGAUCAUCGAAGGCUGCAUCCACAUGAACAACGACGAAAGGUACACCAUCCAAGACUUGCUGGAGCACCCCUUCUUCCAAGAGACCCACGGCGUGCACGUGGAGCUUGCCGAGGAGGACGACACGCUCAAGUCGGGCCUGAAGCUUUGGCUGCGCAUGGACACCAAGAAGCUCCACGGAAAAUAUAAGGACAAUAACGCCAUUGAGUUUCUCUUUGAGCUGUACAAGGAUGUCCCAGAGGAGGUGGCGCAGGAGAUGGUGGUGCUGGGCUUCGUGUGCGAGGCCGACUUCAAGCUGGUGGCCAAGGCUAUCCGGGAUCGGGUGACGGCCAUCAAGCGCCAGCGGGAGAAGCUGAGGAGGCAGGCGGAGGAACAGAGGCCGCGUUCGUCCUCCCCGCAAGUCGGCGAUGCGGCGGCCCCCGAUUCCCCCGCGCCGCCCGCCCCCUCCCCUUCCCCCCUCCUGUCCCCCAUCACCAGCUCGGCGGACUCUGCCGUCAGCUCCGGCUGCCCCGCAGAGACGGAGGAACCCGAGCAGCACUUUCACAUCCGCCACAACAGCCUCUCCUCGGCUAAUUCUGACUGCGAGACGGACGGCGACCUAAGCUCUUCGGGCCUCCAAGACCCCCUGGAGGCCACGCCUCCUGCCUCCUCCGCCAACUCCCCGUCCACAAACGGCCUCCCCAUCCCGGCCCUUCGCUUCACUUCGAGCAUUGCCGUAUCCAACAACAUGGAAGCCAUCAAACCAGGAUCUCCGAGCGGCUUCAACUCUCCCGGGGACAGCUACGCCUCCGACGUGACUUCCAGUCUAAGCGACGGUUACGAGGGCGUGUCGGAGAAGAACGAGAAAACAAUCGCCAGGCGAACCUCUGCCAAGCUUUUCAGGAGGCGGGUACGAUCCAGGCUGCGCAUCACCGGGCUGUCCGACAAGGUGGACCGAGUGGUGGAGUGUCAGCUGCAGACGCACAACGACAAGAUGGUGACGUUUAAGUUCGACCUGGACGGAGACAACCCGGAUGACAUCGCCGCCGUCAUGGUGCACAAUGAGUUCAUCCUGCCGUCGGAAAAAGAAGGCUUCAUCUACCGAAUGGGUGACAUCAUCAAGCGGGCGGAAGCGCUCAUGACUAAGGAACAGCCCGUGCACCCGAGUGGGCAGCGCCCCCCGCAGCCUGCCUUCCACAGCACAGCCAACCCGCUGUCUUCCUCCCAGCCGGAUCUGCACAGUCAGAGCCUCCCAUGUUCUCACUUCUCCUCCUCCCUGCCGGACUUUGCUGCGGCUAACCCGUGCAUGGUGGAACGCGGCUCGCCUCCUUGCGCCAACGGCGACGUCUUCACCCCGGACCUGACGUCAGCCGGACGACCGCUUGUCCGCUCGCAGUCGUUCCACAACGCGCCAGGGUCUCCUCUUGCGUACCACCACACGGCCUCCCUCCUGCCCCAUUACCACAUGCCCUACAUGGGUAACUUUCCGUUCCCGUACCCUGGCAGGCCGGCUUCCGCCAAACCAGGGCUGUUAGCGGGCGGCGGCCUCCAUCCUCCCCUCACCCGCGUGUGCAGCAGCCCCACGUUUCCGUCCGUCCCAUCCCCUGUACCGCCGGGCUCCCCGAACCUCCUCAAAGACAGCGAGAGCCCACCCGCUCCCCAGCAUCCCGCUAUGUGGCCCCCGCACAGCCAGCCAUUGUUCUCACUGGCCAACGUCAUCUCCAUGGCAAUGAGCAUGGCGCAGUCGUUCAUCCCUUCCGCUCAGCAGGGGAUCCCCUCCUAUGGGGGAUUCCACCCCCAGACGGCGUACCCGUACCCCCCGCACUACCAGAUCCCCACGCUAGAGGUGCCGUACCCAACAAACAUCUACCCAAACUCGGGGAACACGCCACCCAUGGAUGGAUUCCCUCAAAGUUGGCAGGACACAUCCCCCACUACCCCGCCGCAGAUGUCACCACAGCAGGCCGGACCCCCCACUUCCCCCAACCCCAUACAGGAGGAUCUUGGAACCUUCUCGACCCAGGUCCUAUCUCAAGUGCACAAUUCGACCUCGUCGUCGGACCUGUCACCCUCGCCGAUGGACAGUCCAGAGAGCACGUUAUCAUCCAUCAGCACUCUGUCUGGACUGAACUGCGGUUCCCCGACAGCCCCACAAGUGUCCCAAUUGAGCCCCUCAGGAGGUCCAGCCGCUACGGUGACAGUGGGGCGUUUCCAGGUGUCGCCCAGCGCCGACGUGCCGGUUGUCGCCUCGCUGCCGCGAGGAGAUGCGAGCAGUACCGAGGAAGGGCAAGGUGAAUCGGAAACCCAGAGGAAGGAGGAAGAGGUGGUAGAGGAGCGGCCGAGGACGAGGAGACGCGGGCAGAGGCGGGCGCACAGCCUCAGCCUAAUGGGCACAUCCGCUGACAGCGGGCUGUCGGUUACGGCGCCCGAAGCGGACGGACGGUUGUGGGACGACGCGGUCGGAAGCCCGCAAUACGGCAACGCGCUCCACCACCUGUGGACCAUGACCUACAGCCACGGUGCGUCCUACAUGAGUAGCGACGACUCGGAUAGCGAUGAAGACAUGCUGGAUGAGCUCCAGGAGCUUCGAGAAAAACAUCUGUCUGAGGUUCAAGAACUUCAAGCGGCUCAGAAGCAGGAGAUCGAGGAUCUGUACGAGAAGAUGGGCAAGGUCCCGCCGCCGGGCAUCGUUUCCCCCGCCGCCAUGUUGUCCAGUCGCCAGCGUCGCUUGUCUAAGGGCACGGGGGGGCUCCCACCGUCACGUCGGAACAGCCUCCAGCGCUUGGACAUACAGCCCAUCCAAGGUAUCAUCAGGAGAAAUUCUCUGGGAGGAAGCAGCAGCAGCUCCCAGGACAAACCCAGCAAAGGUGUCACCUUCUCCUCCGACAUCAACAGAAUGUAAGAAACUCUCGGCGAGCAAAACGUUGAACAUUCCGGACUACCUCAUCUGACAAAACAUUCAGACGACGACGUCUCUAAUCCGACGGAAUGUGAAGGAAUUUCAUUUAUUUGUUACAUGUUGGGAAUAAUAAUGUCACGCCUGCUCGGUGAGGAACAUUUCAUUUCACACAGCCACGGACGUCCAGUUGCAUUGUACCAUGUUUCCUUUUUUUCUUUUGUUUUGACGCCAGCCAUCUUGUGACGGGCAGUGAGGUCAAACCGUAAAAUGGCUGAAGACAAAUUGUUCAAACGUGGAGACCUCCGCCAAGGAGCGAAUAAUUGCAAUUUUAAAUGCACAUCUUCAUAUCAUGCGAGUUGGAAAGAUCAACAAAAGUGCAUUUUCUUUGCAUAUUGCAUUAUGUGGGUAAGGCUCACUAAAAUUCAAUGCAAGAAAUUGAAGUGCGUUAUGAAAUAAAAUUUAAUUGGCACAUUCCUCCGAGUGCAACUCGACCAUAACAAAUCUUGGUAUUGACACUUAUCAUUGUUUUCAGAAAAUACAAAUUACAAUAGAAGUAUCACAUUCGAAUAAAUUAAAUAUUUUAUUCGUACUAUCAAAUAUGCUUGCAAAUCAAUUACAAAUGAAGGGAAAAGUGCCGAUUUUUUUGGGUGUGUUUUAAUCUACUCGCUCCUUGGCAGAGGUUAUUGAGCCAGUACAAGAUGAAUAUAGAAAUAAUUUCCAAUAUUUAAUAAUACUGGCUUUUGAUUGUACAUGUGUAUAUACUGUACAUGGUAGAGUGCAUUUAUAGACUGUUUACACAAUGACUGUCAUGCACAAAAACAACAAAUAUAUAUAUAUACACAUUUUAGUUUAUUGGAAUAGAUCAAUCAAGCACCUCAUGCACUUUAGCAUUUUCAUUUAACACACUUCUUGUCGGUCAAACUUUGUCCGUUUAUUAAUACAAUAAAACAAGGGAGAAUGGCCGAGCUGUCAAUGUGCCUUAGCAAAUAGUCACACUGGAUAUUGAAAAAAAAAAAAAAAAGGUUCAAAUAAUAUAUUCAAAGAUUUGUACAGUAAACUGUGCAAUUCAGCUGCUGCCACCUGUGCCUUUACGGUCUUAUUUUGUAUUUCUAUGACGUUUCAUUGGAUGUUCACUCUAGUGGAUUUCCCAGCUCAAUAAAUACUCAUUAA